GACUAAUUAUCUAAUUACACCUUGAGCUAACUGUAUCACAUCUAACCAGUGUCUUACACAUCAGUAUUGUAUAGUGCUGGUACAGUGAGGUGUGACCACAACGUAGAGAGCUGGUACAGUGAGGUGUGACCACAACGUAGAGAGCUGGUACAGUGAGGUGUGACCACAACGUAGAGAGCUGGUACAGUGAGGUGUGACCACAACGUAGAGAGCUGGUACAGUGAGGUGUGACCACAACGUAGAGAGCUAGUACAGUGAGGUGUGACCACAACGUAGAGAGCUGGUACAGUGAGGUGUGACCACAACGUAGAGAGCUGGUACAGUGAGGUGUGACCACAACGUAGAGAGCUGGUACAGUGAGGUGUGACCACAACGUAGAGAGCUGGUACAGUGAGGUGUGACCACAACGUAGAGUGCUAGUACAGUGAGGUGUGACCACAACGUAGAGAGCUGGUACAGUGAGGUGUGACCACAAGCUCUGUUAGUUGGGUUAGUGUUGAUACUUCUCUCACUGGAGGCGCUAGUGGUCAAGGCACGGCGCUCUCACCAAGUUGAAGCGUGCCCCUAGAAAAUGGCGUAUAUCCUCAGGUCAACUCUACUUGCCCUGUGUCUGCUGGUAACCGUGCCUGCCACACAUCAGGCUGUAAAUGGCGGAUCUGACUGCGCUACCUGCAGUGUAAUCGUUGCACUGGUGGAGCAGCUGACCGAGUUCAAGAACCAGACGGUCAUUGACACCUUAGAGCAGCUGUGUUCCUACCUGCCUGUCCAGUUCAAACCUGCAUGUGACGCGGCCCUCCAGACCUUCGGCCCUGCAUUGAUUCAGCUGAUCGUGGCUGGGGCGGAUCCUGACGUCACAUGCCACGCCCUCAGGUUUUGUUACACGGACCCUGGACAGCCCACCUGUCACUCAAUCACACCCAUGACAUCUGUCUAUCAAAGUGACCAGGAGUUUGAGGUCAAGGUUCAGACGGCCAGAAAUUCCAUAAGUGGGCUGACUGGCAGGUUUACUCUUGGCAUGAAGUUCUGCGACAUCCCCGGCAUCAAGGAGAUCUGUGAUUGGAUAAAAAAGACAAUCGCCAGCCAGGAGCCAGCUGUAGACCUGGACAACGACAGGUUCAGUACCUACCAGGCACUGAGAGGUGCGGCCUGGCGCGGGAAAGAUUGCUCUGACGUCAUCAGUGACAUGUACCCUGGUGUCAUACCCACAGAUGGCGACAAGACUCUGGACUCCAAUUGUAACGGAAUUUUUGGCGUCAUCAACAACACAGGCAGGACUUAUGAAGACGAGCUGUGCGCCAACUCCCAGCCCCGGGGCGUCGCUGUCUUGGGGGACUCGGUCAGCGCCCAUUUCCACCUCCCUCCCCAGUGGUUUGACGCCACUCAGAUAUCUGAGAAAAGUUUCCUGCACGCGGUGGAGAUUCUAGAAAAUGAAAUCGACUGGCCCAUGAUGUCAACUUGCACAGGUCAUGGUUCAAAUUUAUGGCCAGAAGCGAUUACCGGUCCCAUCGAUUCCAUUUAUAAUCGAUUACGUGACAGAAAUCGAUGCAACCACAGAGACUUCCAGAACAUCGCAGCCAACGGUGAGGACUCGUCCAGUGUCAAUCACAUCGUCAGGACACUGGCGAGAAAACCCGGAAAAGACCGACCUCUCGUGGUGUUCUACGCCCUUGUGGGUAACGACGUCUGCAAUGGACACCCCGACACUUUCGAUCACAUGACCACGCCAGCCGAGAUGUUCAACAACACCAUGCAGACCCUGGACUAUCUGAGCAAGGUACUCCCCAACAACAGUCACGUGAUCCUGUUGGGUCUGGCAGACGGACGGGUGCUGUACGACAACAUGGGACCCAGGGUCCACCCCGUCUCCACCUACUGGGGGACCUUUACCUACGCCAAAUUUUACGACUUUCUCAACUGUCUACAGAUCUCCCCGUGUAUGGGCUGGAUGAACACAAACAGGACAAUGAGGGACCUAACAACUCAGAGAGCCGAGCAGCUGACCGCUGUCCUGAGGAACAUCGCCACGACCUACAAGACUCGCUACCCGAACUUUGACCUCAACUUCCUGGAUAACCCCAUCAACGAAGCCAUCACAAAGUGGGAGGCAAUGGGAGGCGCGGGAUGGGAACUGAUAGAACCAGUCGAUGGUUUCCAUGACAACCAGCUGGGACAGGCUUUUGUGGCAGGAAUUUUGUGGGAUGACGUCAUGAACAAGUUCCCCGACACGUUUGGUCCGGUCAACCCCAACAACGAUUUGAUUGACAGGUUGUUUGGUGACCAGGGCGGGUACUGACCCCGUGGGUCUCGGGCUAAUUAAUUCAUUAGUCACUCAUUAGUCACUCAUUAGUCACUUCAGUCGUGACAGGAACCGUUGCUUCUGAUGAAACAGAACUCUUUUUGUGGUGCAAUUUUAAUGACGUCUGUCAAUUUUGUGACUAAUAAUUAAUUAAUUAACUAAAUUGACAGUUCAAAUACCGUGACUUAAACAUGUGAUGGUAUAUUAAUUUAUGUAUAGCUUAUGUAAUCGAUUAUAUUAAAAUAAACAAAUAACAUACAAGCAAAA